AUGCCGCCCAAGAAGGUGCUCUCGAGGAAGCCAAAGUCCUCGCCAUCAACUUCCUCCGAGCCUCCAAAACCCUUCAAGCGCGCCCCUGAGGCCCUGGCUCCUUUCUACGGCUCCCUCUCCCCGGCUCAUGCCUACAUAGCCCACGUCGACUCCAAGCCCGCGGAUUUCAAGCGCAAGAUCUUCCUGGUCCCCGUCGCCAUCAACAUUGCCAUUGCCCUGCUCUUUGCAUGGCGCGUUUACUAUGUAAGCCCUUGGUACUUCGCCCUUCUCGCCUCGGCCCUCGGCCACAGCAACGAGACAACGGUGGCCCCCUCCGAGUCCCCAUGGGCCGCAAUAGCCUGGAUCAUAGCCCGCCGCGCCUUCACCUUCCUGCUGGACUUCCUCUUGUUUGUCUUUGUGUGGCCCUGGCCCGUCGAAUUCUGUUUCGGGAGGACUCACGGCAGCCCCGCACAGUGGCGCUGGAACGUCGGCUUCCGCGACAAGGAGGUCUACGUACGUCGUAGCAGGCCGACCUGGGACGGCAAGGUCAGGGAGGCCGUCAAGGGGGACGACUUUGAGGCGAGGACCCAGCUCUUGACCAACAUCGGCGUCGCGGUGAACCCCAUGCUGUUGAACGAGAAGACGGGCUACCUGACCAUGAACAACGAGUGGGAUCUCGACUGGGCUGCCAUGGUCGGCGCCACGAGCCUCGUCGACAAGAAGACGGUAGCGCUGGAUGCGUUCAAGCUGUUGGUCCUGGUGCACCACGAGGGCCACGGCUGGUUGUCUUUGGACCUGAAGGAAACAAGAGGGGACGCCUCAUCAGACGAUGCGACGGUCGAUGAGCGGAGGACCCAAGUCUUUGCGUUUCGGGAUGCGCUGGCUGCUGCAGGCAAGGAGGACCUGUUCUACCGCUGGAUCGAGAUUGUCCAGUUCGAGUCCUCACAGCCGGGCGGGUUCGGGCCAGAAAAGCAGGCCGAGGUGGCGCAGAAGAUCAGAGAUUUGUUUGAAGAACAGGGCAUCGAUUUCGACGAGUUCUGGAAGGAGAGCGUCGGCUCGGACGGGCUUGCCAACAUGUAG